ACCUUCACAACGCUGUGGCUGAAGGAGCAGCAUGUCUAUUGAUGAAUGGGAGGCUGCUGAAUAAACAGGCUGAUCUGAUGUACACAGGCUGCCUGUGAGGAACCUGCUGUGUGGUUGAGUCAGAUUCAAAUAUACGGUCCACAAGCCAGACUCACGUCGCUAUAGAAAUUGUACAUUGCUAUCCUUUGUGUUACCAACUGGAGGGGGGGAAGAAUCACCCUGGAGUUGUGUGCUUGAUGUAUGACAGAUUUGUGUUGAUGAUGGGAUCGGUGGACGCUGGCAGCUGAUCCAGGAGCUGUGAGCAGCUUUUUCACUUCAGAGCCCGGGAUGGAAGCACAGGCAGAGGAGGAGAGGCGGUCAGCAUCGCAACAUCCCUUUGUCACUAGCGAGGGGGCACCAGGGCACCGCUCAUUGUGCCAGGACAUGAACGGAUGGGAAAUGGAGGCUUUCCAGCAGAAUGGUACCAGUUAUGGAUCACUGGUGAGACGCAACACAGAACUGCUAAAAGCUGUCAAGGAGUUGGAGCACACAUGCAUAACACUUAGAGAGGAAAAUACUUUAUUGCGGAAGAGCAGCUCUCCCGAGACAGAGGAGAAAGUAAAGCGACUAAAACGGAAGAAUGCGGAGCUGGCCAACAUUGCCAAGCGGUUAGAAGAGAGAGCCAGGAAACUGCAAGAAGCCAACCUCCGAGUGGUGAACUCUCCUGUCCUAGCUAAAGGCUCCAAUCUGGAACAUUACAAGAAGGCCUUUGCCAGGCAACGUGCCAAAGAUCUUUCCGAACAUGCUGAUAUCAUCCUUGCCAAGGACAAACAGAUUGAGGAACUGAGGCAAGAAUGUCGUGAUCUUCAUGCAAAACUGGGACCAUCAAAGGAGGCUCCUGAUAGGUUGAAACAGAGUGACUUUGAGCGGGUGCUGAGAGAGUCUCAGAAAGAAGUGCUGCGGCUACAGAGGCAGUUAGCUGUGGUGUCUCAGCGAGAACCUUCCCACCAGCACAACCUUGGCACUGGAACAGAAUUAUGUAAAAAACGGAAAGAAUGUGAGGGCCAUGAGGAAGAGAUAAAGAAACGCCAACGGAUAUGUGAGGAUUUGGAGAAUGAGCUGAAACAAGCCUGGAGUGAGAAUGCACGGCUGACUGAAAAAACCAUUAGACUCAGCCAAGAGGCACAGGAGACUGAAAAGAUUAAAACACACAACAAUGACCUGAGAGCGACACUCUCAGUGGUAACAGCCGAACGAGAUUCAUCUCUGAAGGAGAAUCAGCGACUCCAAGCCAAACUGGAGAACCUAGAGCAGGUCCUGAAGCACAUGCGAGAGGUGGCAGAGCGCAGGCACCAGCUGGAGUUGGAACAUGAAGAAGCAUUGACAAUUCUUCAGGCCAAGCAGCAUGAGGUGGAACGACUACAACAGGCUCAGUUUGAAGCCAAGAAGGAACAUGAAGGUGUGGUCCAGUUACUGGAGGCUAAGGUACGGGAUUUGGAAGAGAAAUGUCGAAGUCAGAGCAUGCAGUUCAGUCUUCUCUCCCAGGAAUUGGAGCACUUCCGACUGCAAGCGGGAAAUAUUGACUUGCUAACGAGCACUCUUGUGAGCACGGAAACACCUGGAUUGCUCUCCCGUGGCCAGCCACUGCUCCCAAAUGGAGUGGAAUCACCCGUGGCUAAAGAUGUGGAAAGUGUUCCUCUACCAGUUCCUCAGCCAGUGCAAGAAGAAGAGAAGCAGGAAGAGAAGCCAGAAGAAAAACAAGAGAAACAAGAAGGAACACAAGAAGAAAAACCAGAAGAGAAACAAGAGCAGCAAGAAGAGCAGGUUGUUUGUGAAGCAAAGGGUCAAACAAUCAGUGUCGCCCAGCAAUCCGAGGAGGCAGAAACAGAAGUGGGUUCCAUCACUGGCAAAGUUGGAUUGGAAUCAACACAUGGUUCCAGCAGAAGCACUCCCAAAACAGAGUCAGCACGAAGUACCCCAAAGUCUUGCAUGACUCCAGAGAUUGAUACAGCCAGUGAAGCUGAGGAGUUGGACAUUGACAAUGUCUCAUCCAUUCCUGAGCCUGAGAGCAGAGUAACGGCAAAAUUGAAGGUGUUCAUCUCGCGUUACAGUUACAAUCCCUUUGAUGGGCCCAAUGAGAAUCCAGAAGCAGAAUUGCCCCUAACAGCAGGAGAAUAUAUUUAUGUAUAUGGGGACAUGGAUGAAGAUGGAUUUUAUGAAGGAGAGCUGAUGGAUGGGAGAAGAGGACUAGUCCCUUCAAAUUUUAUUGAGCGCGUAUCUGAUGAGGACAUGUUAGCGUUUCAUCCCCCAGAAAUCAAUGAGCUGUCUCAUAACUCAUUUCAGGAGAUAAGUUUCCAUAGUGGCAGUGAGAAAAGCCUUUCACUGAGGAAGAACAGCAUCGAAAAGCUGGAGACCUCCAGCCUCCAUGAGGAGCUCAGUCUGCAUGGGUCACAAUUAAAGUCAGACAGCCUUGUGAGCAAUGGUCUUGUUCUCAAUACAGAAGAGGUGGCAGAAUACGAUGAGGAUGUGGUGCCUUACCCCAGGAAACUGAACUUAAUUAAACAGCUUGCCAAAAGCAUCAUUGUCAGCUGGGAGUCCCCUUUGGUGCCCGGUGGUUGGGGUACAAUAUUCAGCUAUAAUAUCUAUGUGGAUCAAGAACUGAGGAUGAAUGUCAAGUUUGGUUCACCAACUAAAGCUGUAAUUGAGCGACUAGACCUUAAUUCUAAAGCUUAUCGCAUCUAUGUGCAGAGUGUGACUGACAAAGGGAACUCCGAUAUCAUAUGUAGCAGCAUGCUUGUGGGGAAAGAUGUCUGCGUUGCUCCUACGCAGUUGAAAGUUCAGACUAUUACCGCAACCUCAGCGGACAUUUCUUGGUUGCCAAGCAACAGUAAUUAUACCCAUGUGAUUUUCCUCAAUGAGGAGGAGUACACAGUGGUGAAAGCUGGGAACUACUCCUACUCCCUGAUGAACCUGAGGCCGAAUAUGAAGUACAAGGUGAAAGUGGAGGCCAGACCACACCAAAUACCAUGGGAACUACCACCAGAUCGGCGGCAGCUCAAAUGCACAUGUACUCAGUUCUCAACCUUACCAGGAGGUCCUCCAGAUGCCCCACUGGAUAUUCAGAUAGAAGCAAGCCCCAGUCCUGGGAUUGUGUUGAUCAGCUGGCUGCCAGUGACUAUAGAUGCUGCAGGGACCUCAAAUGGCGUGCGAGUCACUGGAUAUGCUGUCUAUGCUGACGGGCAGAAGAUUAUUGAAGUGGCAUCACCAACAGCUGGUAGUGUGCUAGUAAGAUCCAGCCAGAUUCAGCUUCUUCAAAUUUCUAAGGAGCUCACAGUUCGCACCAUGUCUCCUUACGGUGAAUCAGCAGACUCUAGCCCUGUCAGAAUUCCUCGAACACUGUUUACAUUCCCUCUGCACUCUGUGCCAUUACAGUCUGCCCCUGAAAUAUGUGAGCAUCCUGACAACAGUAAUUCAGUCAGGAAACCAUUGUCCAUCGCAGAUUUUAAGGAUGAAUUUGAUGAUCUGACUGGGAUGGCCUCUGACAAAGCUCUCAACUGUCAGAGUGCCACAAGCUAUAACGGAAAAGAGCAGGGAGGCUAUCCGCCUGCUUUUAAAACUUCGGGUCAGGUGGUCGAUGCAAUGCCAAAUUCAAUAAGUGUUACUUUUGAAGAACCAGCACCUGUUCAAAGAGAAAAUACCAAAAUGGAAGAAAAUUUGCAGGAUGGUGCUGCAGAUUUACAACAGUCUUGUGAAGUGGACAAGUUUGAGGAACAACCAAAAGAAGAUGUAGAAAAUUUGGAAAAUAGUCACAUGAAGAGGCCAGUUGGCUCACUUGAGGAUUUUCUUGUGAACUUAGAGAAGGAGGAAGAUCCUGAUGUCAGUAACACAUAUAUUAAAGAAGAUUCUGAUAAAAACAUUCUGGAAAGUGAUUCAAAUGAGCAGAUGUUACAGACCACCAAAGCUAUAGAAGCAUUAGCUAGAACCAUUCCACAAGAGUCAGAUGACAGUGUUUCUCCAAGUAAUACCAGGAUGACAUCGAUUGAGGAAUUUCUGAUUAAUUCAGAGUUUAAACAAGAAAAAGCGCACAUUCCAGAGUUGGGGGAGGUCAUUGAACAGAGUCAGUUCCAGUCUGGAGACAUUCCUCAGCAGGGCGAUAAUACGGCGAAUCAUGAGAGUGAAGAUUACCCCCUGGACAGCAGUCGGGGCUCUGACCUCUCUGACAUCAUGGAGGAGGAUGAAGAAGAACUGGGAUCAGACACACAGAUGAAUGAAGAAAUUCAACAAGAUUGCAACUUGAUCAGGGACAACUCACUAAAGCAACCUGAGCAAUAUGAAACUGAUAGCGAUGAGGAGUUUCUGGAGAAAAUUCUAGAGCUUCCUCUGCAGAAACGUUACAGUAAGAAACUAUUCAGCAUUCCUGAAGUAACAGAGGAAGAGGAGGAGGAGGAAGAGGAGGAGAAGCACCUGGAGAUCAUCUGUAACAACAGCCAGGGUGGUACCAAAAACCAGCAAGAGGUAGAAGAAGUUCCUGUCCACACUCAGGAGAAAGAACAAUCAGAGGAACAGGGUCAACCCUUUGAGUGUGUACAGAACACUUCUGAAAACCAUGGAGAAACUGACCAGGCCUUGAAAUUUGAUACCAAAGAUCAGGAAUUGGAAGAGAAACCUACCCCUGAUGUCAGUCAGAAUAUCAGCAAAAAAGUAGCUGAGGAAUUUGUGGGAUCUACUGUUCAACAGAAUGAGUUGAAAGCUAAGGGCUUGGAAGAGGUGUCAAUAUCUGACUGCAUCUCUGACCAGAGCAAUAAGGAGGAGUCGCAUGAAAAGCAACCUCUCUACACAAAGGCUAAUGUCAAAAACAAAGAAUGGAGUGAAGAGACGAGUGGGUGUGCAUAUCAUGGUGCCGAGAUUCAUCACAUAUACCCCCAGGAAUAUAACAGGUCCCACCAAGAGGAAGAGACCACAGUAGAAUAUGUGCACGCCAACACCGUUGAUGAGUCUCACCUAGAUGUUGCUGAAUGUGUAGAGAAAUCACAACCAGACGAGGAUGACAGGGAUGUUUCAGAGCCAGAUGUUGUUGACCUAACAUCCAUCUUAAAGAUGCAAUCGCAGACAUGGAUGAGGUCCAUAGAUCCCAGAGAGGUGAAUGCAGCAGGAAUUGGGAAUCAACAUUACAACAGGAGGCAGCAGGUAACUCAUGAACACUUAGAGAUAGAUAUAGAAUAUGGCACUGAGGAGGAUGAAGAAAUAGUGACAUCCAGCUUGCACUUCUGCCCUCAUGUCAUUCAUCCGGAACAAAUGAGAUCAAGUUUGUGGUAUGGCAGCAAGACUAACAGAGAAAAUGCAAGUGAGUGUUCAAGGUUCUGCGAGUCCGUGCAGUCACAUGAACAGAGGCACACCUAUGACAAAGGUGUUAUUUUUGAUUCAAAUGCCAGCAGCACCAAGUCUCUCCAUCACCAUAAGAAAAAGAAUAAGGCUGCUUUCACCAGGAGAUUGCGACAUUGUGAACGAAACAAGUUACAAGGAAGGAUAGCAGAGGAGGCUUGGAAGUUGGAGUCUUAUGAAUUGGGAAGGACAAGGGCAAGGCCUGAGGAUUCAGCAUGUUCACGGGGCUUUAUAGUAAACACAGACUCAGUAUCCCAUGGGCUACCUGACUCGCCUGCAAUACGAAGUGUACAUCUCAAGGAUAGCCCGUCUCUGAAACUUCGCAGAGGAGAACUGUCCUCUUCUAAAGCUUCAUUAGUAGAGAGUUCUCGAAGCCGAGAGACUCCAAUCUUGGAUGGAUACAACGAGAGAAGCACAAAAGGGGCAAUAGAUAGCGGUCUUGUUCGCAUUUUUGUGGCUCUGUUUGAUUAUGAACCUGCGACAAUGUCACCAAACCCAGAUGCUGCAGAAGAGGAGUUGGCAUUUAAAGAGGGUCAGAUCCUUAAGGUAUUUGGUGAUAAAGAUGCUGAUGGGUUUUACCGUGGAGAAGCCAAUGGGCAGACUGGUUAUGUGCCAUGUAACAUGGUCUCUGAAAUCCAGGUGGAUGAUGAUGGAAUAGUGGAGCAGCUAUUACAGAGAGGUUAUCUGGCUCCCAGUAUGUCCAUGGAGAAGCUGGUGCAGUCCAACAAGUGGGAGGACACUCGAAAACAAGAGCGGAGUCGGCCUGGCAGUGGACAACAGAAAUUGCCAAUGAGAAGAAUGGUGGCUGUCUUUGACUAUGAUCCCAGGGAAAGCUCUCCUAACGUGGAUAUUGAGGCUGAGCUGACAUUUAGUGCUGGUGACAUCAUUACAGUUUACGGGGACAUGGAUGAGGACGGCUUUUAUUACGGUGACCUAAAUGGACUGCAUGGGCUUGCACCAUCCAACUUCCUGGAGGUGAUACCUGGAGGGGAGACAGUGGAGGCAGCUGCUGGGAAUAUCACGUCAAGACUUUCUCCAACUGUAGCACACAAAGAAAAACAGCUGAGCUUGGAUGAAACUGCCGCUCCACAGCCUAUGGUGCAAGAAACAGACUAUCCUGCUGUCACAGGACUGUGUAUGGACAAUCAGGGAUGCAGUGAGAACACCUCCAAUAACAAGAAGAAAAAGGGUUUUUUUUCCAAAGGGAAGAAACUGUUCAAAAGGUUGGGAUCCAGUAAAAGAGAGUAACUCAAAAAUGGGAUCCUGGAGCAGCAAGUACUCCUACCUGGGAUCCAGUAACAGAAUGAUCUGAUCUUGAGUCAGGUAUAGGUGUAGCUCUGACCUGGUUUCCAGCAGCAGAGUAACUCCUUCCUGGGAUCCAGUAAUGGAGAGUAACUUGCAUUCAAUCUCUAGUAAUAGAGAAUUACUUCAUCUUGAAUCUAAUAUAUCAAUUCAGAUGAUGCUGCACCUUGGAAAUGAUUGGAAACUGAGUGGAAUUGUUGACAUCAAAUGGGAUCACAUCCACUGCAACAGAAUCCUGACCACGGCAAAAUCUAAAGAAACUUCCACUAUCUCUUUGCUGUGAUGGAAAUAAUGAUUGAUUGGCAAGAAACUCUAACCUGCACUAAGUAGCUGUUGAGCAUUAAUCCUAUAAAAUUAUUAGAAGAGAAUGCCUUUUUACAAAUGGUAAUAAUUACAAACCAUAAAUUUUCAGCCAACUUGAAAUAUCUAGCUUCAGAUCACCUCAUUUGUAAUUGUUAGAAGACCUAUCACCAUUAUUGUUCAUGCAUUGACCCUCCAGUUAAGAGCACAGAGCUGUUCUAUUCAUGACAAUAUUGUUUAAGAUUUGCAGAGAUAUAAAUCUCUGCAUUUCAUUAACCUCAGAAUUGGACAGGUAGUGCUUGAGUGAUAAGAGAAUUGUGGUCUAACCACCAGUUUGUUACUUGAUGUAGUCUCACUGGUCCGUGCCUUUCCAGAGUUGCACACUGGUGAGCGCUAUACCUUGUUAUCAGCAGUGACUUAUUGUCUCGAGUUGUCACCAUUUAAUAAGUUCCCAAAAUGCUACUGGUUCAGGGCAGGGAUUUACAAUCAGGGCUGAUGUUCACUGAUGAAAGUGACUAAAAUGUUUUUAAAAUGGCUCUAUUUCAUGAUAUGUAGAAGAAAAUGGGGGUAUAUUAUUCCGUGACAGAUAUCAGACUUCUGAUGUCCUGUUUGUAUGUUAGAAAUUUACAAACAGACUGUUUAAAGUCUAGUCCAUUAGGUGCAAAACUAGAAGGCAGCAACUUUGCCUGAAAUCGCUAGUGUGCAAUGUGUCCAUGUAUUUUGAGAUCUGAUCCAUUAUAUUGCUACAGGUGGGUAAUUGGAAGGUUUGUCCUUUGCCUUAUUCAAGAAAGACAGCUUAAUGGAUUUCUAAACAUGCAAAACAGAUUUUCAGAUGCCAAGCCACAAUACCCUGCCAGUUUUCAGCUGACACCCUCAGUUUGUGCACAUUUACACUCUGUGCUCCAGGCUCCUGAGCAGCUGUCAAACAUAAAACAGAAACGUAUUUUCAUACCUUAAAUAAUUGCCAUCAUGUUUAAAUUCUUGCACGCCACUUUGUAAUAUACAGUCAAGAUUUUGUAAAGAAGAGUUUAUAUGAUUGUUUGUGACAUUUAUAAAUAUUUUCACCUCUUGUUUUGCAUGCAUCAUUGGGAUCAAGUUCAGCUGUGCUCUGCAUGGAGUGCAAUUAUGAAUAGGGCCAGGCCCUAACUGUUA